CAAAUGUGACCCAGGCAUUACACAGCGGUAUUUCGAAAAUACUAUUGUUGCAUAACCACGACCUAGCCAAUUUCAAAGAUUAAAAUCAUACUCCUUGAUUAAAUCCAACGAUAGGAGCUCAUGCAUCAUGUAAAACGCCUCAAGCACCUGCUAAUGGUCAGGUUUAUGUCCCCAAAGCAGAUGACUGGAACAUCACUAUAUCUUAUUCAUGCAACAGGGACUUUUCAUUAGGGGGAGAACAAAAGAGGAGUUGUAUCAAAAAGGAGACCACAUACUAUGAUCAACCAUCGGAAUGGGAAUAUACAUGGACGGGAAAGCAACCAGUGUGUAAUAUUGACACUUCGUUUUGCCGUUCGACAACAAACAGACAGGAAGUAUAUAGACACGUGUGCUAUGAAUUUAUUGAGGACCAGUCGUAUAGUUAUGACGAUGCAAAGAAAAAAUGUAGAGACCAACAGUCUACAAUGGCGGUGAUUUCCAGCAUCGAGAUUCUAAAUCUAGUGCUGAGACACUUAGAUGUAAUAAAACGAGAACGAAAUAAAUAUUGGGUAAUAGCGGACCGAACAUAUCUACCGAAGUUCAAUGAAAGUUGGUGUGUCAAGGCUCAAUUAGAAGAAGGAUGGUGGGGUACACGUAUAGCGCUUAGAUACUUUAGACCCUUGCUUGGUGAAACUGGAUGUGAGGAUCAAAGAUACGGUGUUGUGUGCCAGUACGAACCACUAAACGCCACCAGUUGUCGCAAACUGGAGGCUCCGAGAUUCGGUUACAUUUCGGAACAAAGCAGAACGGUGGGCAGUCGUGUUGUUCUUGGAUGUAUUCCGGGCUACGUACCUACAAAGGCUAUUGGAGGUUCCUACCAAACUGCUUUCGUUAGACAAUGUCUACCGAGUGGUGCUUGGAGUGGUGACUCACCUCAAUGUAAACUUGAGCCAGAGACUACCCCAGGAUCAACGCUGGUUACCGCAGCAACAACACUGCAAAGU